CUUUAUAAUUUCCCUUCAAAGUUCAAACGUUUGGAACACGUCCACUACUUACUCUUUCCACUUCGGUCAACCUUUGUUUAUUUACUUCUCACUCUUCCUUCCAAUUCCACCAUUCUCUCUUCUUCCAAUUUUGCUCCUCUUCUCUUUUCCCACGGCACAAUUCUCUCUUUCCCAUCUGAAAUUUGGCAUGGAACAAGGGUGGAAGAACAUGAUAGCAAGGCAACAGACUUGAAAUUAGGUAUAUGUAGGUGCAAGCAGAGGCAAGAGAGUUUUGGGGUAAAUAUUUUCAUAGGGGUAGCUAGUGUUAGCUAGGUCCAUGCAGAUUGAAAACAAUAAAUUUGAUCACAAUAUUGGGUCACUAAGACAAAGAUUGAUCUAGUAAGUUACCAUUCAACUUGCUUGACUCGUUGAAUCAACCAAGUCACUGAUUCGAAAUCCACUCAAACCAAAUCAUGGACAUUUCUGAUGUAAUGGGUGGUGACUCUUACUGAUUGAGUACUCGAUUUCUGACCUACGGUUCAAGCCGAGUCAGAUAGUUAUGGUGAGAGGGCCUGCAUUGUUAUGUUGCUCUCCUGCGCUGUUAUUGCUAUCAAUUUCCCUUCAAAGUUCAAACGUUUGGAACACGUCCAUUACUUACUCUUUCCACUUCGAUCAACCUUUGUUUAUUUACUUCUCACUCUUCCUUCCAAUUCCACCAUUCUCUCUUCUUCCAAUUUUGCUCCUCUUCUCUUCUCCCACGGCACAAUUCUCUCUUUCCCAAUAUAGCUGCAUCCUUUGUAGUGUAGUUUUGAGGCUUUGUUUCCAUGUUUUUCCUUCAUGGGGUGCUGAUAUUUCUCCCUUUUGCAUCAUUGGUUUUCCCCAAAAAUGGGUUCUUUUGAGAUGACUUGGUGAGUGCUGUACUAUUUGUUUUGGGUUUUGGCUUCAAUUUGGACUGCAUGAAAUGGAUUCUUCUGUGCCUCCUGUUGCUUUGGAAACUGAAGACAGCAUAAGCAGUUACUCCAUUCCUGAAAUCCCUGCUUUCAAACUUGACCAAAUCCUAGUUGCAACCCUUGCUCCUCUCUCUCAUGAUGAGUUCUCAGACCCAGUUAUCCAACCUCUUGGCAAAAGCCUUCACAAAAGAAAGCAGAAUCUGUGCACGGCAGAUUCUGCUGUCCUUUCAGGCCUGGAGGACUCUUGUGCAGUCAUAUCACCACCAGCACCAGACACUUUGGAAGUGCCUGAUGAUAGAGAUGGAACCGUUCUUCACACAACUUCUGAGACCACAGAAUCAGGUCCAGGGUCAAGUUCAACCUCUCUUUUUGUCUCUUCUGAUGAGAUUUGUUCCUUCAGAGAGGAAGAGGAAACACCAAGUCCAACUCCAAAGCAUGUGAAACGUGUUUCUGAUGUGAUCUUCAGUGAUCUUGAGUCAAACUACACAGAUACUGAUGAGUUUGAUGAUUCUCAGAUUGAGAGUGUUCCAGUGAUGGAACGUGCUGUGAGUAUUUCUGUGAUGGAACGUGCCGUGAGAUCUGGGAAGAAGGGUUCUUGCUAUAGGUGCCUCAAGGGGAACCAUCUCACACUAAAGGAGGUUUGCAUUGUUUGUAGUGCAAAGUAUUGCCGCAGCUGUGUGGUGAGGGCUAUGGGGUCCAUGCCAGAGGGAAGAAAAUGUGUGACUUGCAUUGGCUACAGAAUUGAUGAGAGAAAUAGAAGUAGGCUCGGGAAGUGUUCUCGUAUGCUGAAAGGGUUGCUGUCUGAGUCGGAAGCAGCCCAAGCCAUGGAUGAUGAAAGGUCUUGUGAAGCAAAUCAAAUACCACCAGAGCUUGUCUGUGUCAACUUGCAACCUCUGAAUAGGGAACAGCUUAAGUUGCUCCUCAAUUGUCGAAACCCACCAAAACAACUGAAGACAGGAUCCUAUUGGUAUGAUAAAUGCUCUGGACUUUGGGGAAAGGAAGGUCAACCACCUAGUCACCUGCAGAAAAACGCAAGCAAUGGAAACACCAACGUGUUUAUAAAUGUUCGUGAGAUUACAAAAGAAGAGAAAUUGGUGCUGCAGGUGGCUGGAGUGCCGUGGGAGGGAACGCGCAACUUUUGGGUGCAUGCCGAUGGAUCAUACACGGAAGAGGGACAGAUAUAUCUUAGGGGCAGUAUAUGGCAUAAGCGCAUAGUAAGGUUGACUUGUGCAGUUUUGUCUUUGCCAGUUCCUUCAAAGUCUGUAGCUCUUUCUUGUGAAGGUGAAAUAGCUAACACAGACAGCCUUAGUAAGAAAAUACUUAACAAAUUUCUACUUAUUGGCUCUGUCAAUUCUGAUUCAAAAAGUUUUAGUUGGGCUGUGGACAAUGCGAUAAUGAGUGAGAGUGAGACUGCAUCAAAAUUGGGAGCAUCCCCUGUCCGUAGUUUUGGUUCAGUUGUGGACAAUGCAAUAAGAAGUAGUAGUGCUAGUGAAGCAGAUUUGGGAACUGUUGCUUUGUCAGUGAACAUGAGGAUGGUAGUAGAUGCACUACCUUGAUUGUGUGCAAGGUUUUCCAAAUCAAAGAGUACUAAUGUAUUUUAUAAUACUACCUAGUAUCCAGAUUCAUGCUACAUGGAUUUUCGUCCCAGAUGGAUAUUUGCUUAUAUCCUAUUUUCGUCCCAAAUUGAUUUUUGA